CCAACUGGAAGGGAUGGUGUGAGGGGUCCUCCAGGGCCUCAAGGGGAACCUGGUCCCAUGGCCCCCCCGAAUGAGAAGGGUAGCAAUGGAGACCCUGGACCGCCCGGUACCGCUGGUCAGGAUGGAGCAGAUGGAAUCCCAGGACUCCCGGGUCCAAGUGGACUGACAGGACCGAAAGGAGAGCCGAGCUUUGGGGAGAAGGGGGACCGUGGCACCCCAGGAACAGGUGGGCUGCCUGGUCGCCAGGGGCCUGUUGGAACCCAGGGCCAGCUGGUGGUGGGGCCACCAGGCCCCUCAGGACUAAAGGGGAAUGCUGGGGUGCAGGGUCUGCCGGGUCGACCUGGAGAUGCAGGAGAGAAGGGGGAGCCAGGACGCAUAUCAACCACACCAGGAGAUGUCGGCCCCAAUGGGAAAAAAGGACAACCUGGCAUGAAAGGGACCCCAGGAAAUCAUGGCAGCAAUGGUUUUCCCGGUUUCCUUGGACAGUUUGGCCCCAAAGGAAAUAUGGGUCGCUCUAUACAAGGACCUCCAGGAAACAUUGGACCCAAAGGUGAGGAGGGCAAGACGGGACCUUCAGGCCCAGCAGGGUAUGGUAGUCCAGGACGACCAGGACCCUCUGGACCUCCUGGGAUGCCUGGGAAAGAGGGUGAAAUAGGUUUCGGCUCCGUAGGGCUUAAAGGCCGCCAGGGUCCCCCGGGGGAGGAUGGCGCUCCUGGACCUCAAGGCAACUCAGGGCCCGCUGGCUACCCAGGUGUUCCAGGGAAUCCUGGUAUUAAUGGUGACCCUGGAGAAAGAGUAAGUCAGUAA